ACUCAAAACUAGUUCACAAGAGAGAAGGGAACCGCUAACUCAAUGAGGGGUGUUUCCCAUCUUCUGUUCUUAUUGGUUAGUAUCUUCUUUGUUGUCAGCUUUUGCCGUGCUGAUGACAAAACGGUCCAGGUUGUUGGGGCUGGAGAAUGCGCAGAUUGCAAGGACUUUAAGAUCAAGACUAGUCAGGCCUUCUCAGGGCUACGUGUGACUGUUGAUUGCAAGCUCAAAAAUGGAGAGGUGACAAGAAGGGGUUCUGGAGAGCUUGAUUCAGACGGGAAGUUCAGGGUAUCCGUUCCCAGAGAAAUUCUGAAAGAUGGGAAACUAGAUGAGGAGUGCUUUGCACAACUCCAUAGUGCAUCAGCAACCCCAUGCCCAGCGCACAAUGGCCUUGAAGCCAACAAAAUUGUAGCCAAGCCAGAUACUGAUGGAAAACUGACUUUUGGUCCAGCUGAAAGUGUCAAGUUCACCUCAGCACUGUGUGCUUCAGCUUUCUUGUGGCCAUUCUUCAAGAAUCCACCUUUGCCCACGGGCCAUCCCUGGUUUACACACCCUCCUUUGCCUAAGUUGCCUUUCCCCCCAAUCUACAAGAAACCACUCCCACCAAUCCCUAUUUACAAGAAGCCACUUCCACCACCAAUCCCAAUCUACAAAAAACCACUUCCUCCGCCUGUUCCCAUAAUCAAGCCUCCUCCAAUCAUAAAACCUCUUCCACCCCCCGUGCCAAUCUACAAGCCUCCGGUGUACAAGAAGCCACUUCCACCGCCAGUGCCAAUCUACAAGCCUCCAGUAGUCAAAAAGCCAUGUCCACCGCCGGUGCCAAUCUACAAGCCUCCUGUGUACCAGAAGCCACUCCCACCGCCGGUGCCAAUCUACAAGCCUCCGGUGUACCAGAAGCCACUCCCACCGCCGGUGCCAAUCUACAAGCCUCCGGUGUACCAGAAGCCACUCCCACCGCCGGUGCCAAUCUACAAGCCUCCGGUGUACCAGAAGCCACUUGUACCUUUCCCAUUUUUCCCAAAACCACCAUUCCCCUUCAAGAAACCCUUUCCACCAGUUCCUAAGCUUCCUCCUCUUCCAAAGUUCCCUCCGAAGGUCUUCCCCCCUCACCCUAUAGUUGGACUUUUGCCUCCUCUGUCACCUCAUUUGUCUACUCCUUAGGAUUUCUAUAUAUUUGCCCCUGAAUAUUCUAUAUAGGAUGUUUUGGGAAAUUUCCGGUUCUACAAUAAUAAAAUCCUUAAACCAAAACAGAUAUGUGAAGAAAAAGAAUGUACUUUGGAGAAAAAAGGGGGCAAAAAAAAAAAGAGAGACAAAUGGAGAGAAAGUCGAAUAUUGUAUUAAUUUUAGUUGUUGCUGUGAUUGCAUGCAUGAAGUUGACCUGUGUGUGAGAUUGUCAAGUUAUCAGUCGGACGUUAGUGAUUUGUAAAGCUUGUAAAUUUUCGAGUGCACUGCAUAAACACCCAGAAAUAAUGUCCUCCAUUUCUUCUUGUGUUUACAGUUCACCAUCAAUGAAAGUUUCCCUAUCGCUCCCUCGCAGUAUCA